UACCCUUAGCAACGGCAAUUUUUAAUGGUGGAAAUGUGAUAUCUUUUUUUUUUCUUGUUUAUAUAGGUUAGGGAACUGUGAUCAUGGCGGCGACGUUGCCGCCCAUAAACAACAGAGGGCAGAAUGGUGUUGGGAAUAGAAAUGUUUUUAUGCCCACUCCACCUAGAGGCCCACCUAGUGGCAGAUUACAGCCUAUUAAGGUACCAGGCAAAGCUGAAAGGGAUUUGUUUUUUAAGCAAGAAAAAUUAAGACAACAACAACCUGAAUUGAGCAAAAAGCAGACCACAAGGUUCAGAAAUUCAUAUAAACAUAACUUGUGUUUGGACAUGCUACAAGAUGGAUAUCAUAAAUCAUUCAGUGAACUUUUUGCACUUAUAAAACAACAAGAAGAAGAAAGACAAAGACAAGGUGAAGAGUCAUUGAUGUGGACAAUGGUCAUGUUAAAAGACCAACAUGAAAAACUGGACAUGUUAAAACAACAUUUGUGUAAAGCCGAAGAAGCUGAAAGAAAAGGUGAUUUUGGUGAAGUAUACAGAAGUAGAUAUGAACUUGCCAGGUAUUUUCAAUCAGGGGGAGAUAAGUGGUUGGCUGAUCAUUUUUUUACAACUUGUUUACAAACCAGUGCCCAGGUCAAAGGUGAUAAUGGAAAAACACAAGCACAAGGAUAUUUAAAUGUUGGAUUAGCUUUAGAGGAACAAGGAGAUGUUUUAUCAGCUGCUGAACAUUUUGAAGCUUAUUAUAAACUUUCUGUGGACCAUAGAGAAUGGAUACAGGCAGAUAACUUAACAUUCCACACAGAUGCUUGUAUCAAUUUGUGGAGGAUUUAUUCUUCAAUAGCUGCUAGUAUAGAGGAGGAAGAUUCACAAGAAUCUUUAGAUUAUUUGAUAAAGGCCCUCAAGUUAGCUACAGAAAGUCAAGACAAAGAGUUACAAGGUAUAGCAUCAUACAGAUUAGGGCAUGCUUAUGAACAGAAUGGAGAUGGAGAGACUGCUCUAUUGCAUUUAAAUGAAUAUUUGAAAAUUUGUACAGCUGAGAGUGACAGUGAAGGAAUUGGUAAAGCUUGUGAUGCAAUCGCAAAGGCUUAUGCAAAACAAGGUAAAGUUGAAGAAAGUAUCACCUACCUGAAGAAAUUUGUUGAAGUCGCUGAGAAAAGUGGAGAGGAAGUGGCUCUUAGCAAAGCUUGUCAUAACUUAGGAAACAUAUUUAAUUCUCUGGGUCGAUAUUCAGAGGCAACAGAAUAUUUCAGUAAAUCUUACAAUUUGUCACGGUCCCUGGGAGACAAAGAAGCCAUCAGUACAAACAGGGUACAGUUUGGUAUUGCUAUGGCCCACAAGAUGAUGAAAGGAUUAGACAGUCACACAGUAAUGGGAACUCGUCCUGCGUUGGAAAGAUUGAUCGAAUGGAAGAAUGCUAGAGUUGAUGAUUUUGAAAAACCCUUCCCAGAACCUAUCCCUGAAUGGGAGCUUAGAAAAAGAAGAGCCAAAACCCAGAGAGCCAACGCCCCCACCACCACAGUCUCAAGUGACUGAGGAAACUGAACAAGAGCCACAAGAGGAGGAGAAGGUAGACGAUAGCAAAACUAAAUCUGAGUUGACUGAUGAUACAUCAUCUGUCACUGAAACUACCGCUAGCUGAAAUACUACAGACAAUUAACAUAUCAUUGUACAAAUAUAUGUCGAUUCAGUAUUAAAUCAAAGAUUUUCUGCUGAAUAUUUUGGUUAUUUCAAAGCAAAGAAUUAAUAGUUACAAAGUCAAAGGUUUCUUCCAAUUUAAAAAGGCAAGAUAAUGCUUUUAUAUCCCUUCCCCGAAAAAAAACCCUAUAAUUAGAAGGUACAAUAGUCCCUUUUAGUAUUCCUUUUCCAAUGGAUAUCUUAUGAUAUUGGUGAAAUUUUAGUAUUUUCUCUAUGCUGUCUUUUCAUUUAAUAUCAUCAGAAGUUUUUACUGAAAAGGAGUGCAGGAUGUAAUAUAAAUACUGAUAUUCGUUUUUAGUAGGCUUAAAAUUUCAAACUUUUUUCCUUAUUAUUACAAGAUGUCCUUGCUAGCAACUUAUUUCCACAACUUAGAUUUUUUUUUAAAAGUAUAUCUAUUUGAAAAGCUGUAGGGAAUUCUGUAUGUCAUCAUUCUUUUAAAUAUCAGCAGUUUAAUUUCAUUUAUGAAUUUUCUCAUUCUUGUACAUUAUACUUAAUUGGCAGCAUUAGAAAUUACCUUAAAUCUUUUCUGUCUUCCAGUCUUAAUCUUGAAUGAACUUAAAUAGGUGCCUUUUUUGUAUUUUGAUCUAUUGUGAGUGGCUUGUCAAAUUUUGUAAUGCUCUGUUCUUUCUUUCUUUUUUUCAACAAUAAAAGGAAAUUUAUUUUUAUAUUUAGCCUUUGUUUUAUUGUUAUAUCAAUGUGCAUUACUUCAUUUCAUAUUUUAUGAAUUAUUAUAUAUUUAUUUAUAUGGAAAAUUUAAGAUAUUCCGUCCAUUUUAACUUGAAUAUACAGAAAAUCAAUUUAGAGGUUCUGUAUCGAGUUGUAUUACAAUUCUGUUUACAUUUUUUGUUUUCAUUUUAAGUGCUGCUUUUAAAAUUGUCGAUAGGAUGUAUUUUUAUUUAUGAAAUGUUUUCAGAGAUAAAGCACUUUAAAACAAAAUUUGUAUGUCAGAGAUAACUGUUCUUUAAUGCAAAAUUUGCUUGAUUAAGUUCCUAUGAAACAAAAUAGGUCAAUACUAAUUUAAAGUCCUAUUUUAAAUAAAAGUGUUUCAUUUUCCUACUUAAUAUAUUUCUCAGAAAAGAAAGUGACAAAUAAUAUUUCAUGAUUAGGGACACUAUCGUCACAGGUCAAAGUAGUUUGACAUGUCUGAAUGGAUUUAGUUUUAAAGGAAGAGUUGAUUUGUUUUGUAUUCUGUGAUAUAUUUAACUGAUAUGUAAUAAAACAUAUAUUUUCAUUCAUGUUAUUUACUGAUCUUUCAUAUACAAAUUGUUACAUAUGUAAGUGUAUGGAGAUUAAUUCAUUAGAACAUUUAAAGAAUAAAGAUUAAAAAGUA